UUUUAUCAAUUCACAAUGCCAGUAAUGCGAGCAUUUCCCACAGGGUAUCCGUAACUUUUACGUUUUAGUUGAACACCAUGCAUCAUGUUCUGCUCUUGGUCUCUUUGGUCUUCUUUACACCGGUUGAACCCCUUGGCAACCCAAUCGGUCGCAUUUCUAAUGGAUUCAAUGGAGCCGAGAAUGCUGUCGUCCCCGUAGGACGUUUCCCUUUCAUUGUUUCGGUGACGUUAAAUGACAAUCAUAUUUGUGGAGGUUUCAUCUAUAAUUCUCGAUUUAUCGUUACUGCAGCCUCUUGCGUCUACCAGAAAACUACCUCCCAAGUUCAAGUAACGGUAGGUCAACGCUCAUUGAUACUUCCAGAUCCGGGUGAAUCCCGCUUUCAACUCAGGGAUAUUAUUAUUCACGAGGCUUACAACCACACGACAAGGUUUAAUGACAUAGCAAUGCUUGAGACGUCUCAGGCAUUGGAAUUCGGUCCGUACGUUAACUACACCCUAUAUAACGCAGUUAGUGGUGGUCUUGCCUACAUAAGUGGAUGGGGCGCUUUCGAUGAAUCGAAAAUGUUGUCAACCAAGCUACGCGAAGCGAUUGUAAACUCACCCAAUAGCUGCGAUCUUUUCCCCGUUGAUGUCUUCGAUCAAAACACGAUGUUUUGCUGGGGGCAAAGCGUCUUAGACGCUGGCGUGCGGCCAUGUCAAUUCGAUGAAGGUUCGCCAUUUAUAAUCCCAACAUCCUCCACGACAUUUUACGUUGCAGGUAUCGUAUCCAAAAAUUUGGGCUGUGGGGACAGCGAUAUCUUCGAAACAAUUUACACUCGGCUAACGGCUUACUAUGGUUGGAUGACGAGGACGGGUGGUCUUCAGCCUUCAUUGGAAAUUUAAUAACCAAAUAAUUACAAAUCAUCUUUCAAUAAAACUUAAGAAUUUAAAAUAAA